AUGAAGCUAUCUCUCCUCACUGCUCUAGGCAUCACUAGCCUUACAGCUGGCGCAAUUAUAGAGCAGCAAUCCCUGCUCUUUUCCCAGCCAGCUCUCACUGCAGAGUCUCUGAUCGACUCCUCCCCCUUCCUCUCCCUCCACCGAGACCUCGUCUCAAUUCCCUCCGUUUCAGGAAAUGAGUCCGCCGUCGGCGAGUUCUUAGCCUCGUAUCUCAAAUCCCACAAUUUCAAUGUGAUCAAGCAGCCCGUCCCGGGACGCACAUCCCGAUUCAACGUCUUCGCAUACCCAUCUUCCUCCGCCUCAAAGCCGUCCAUCCUCCUAACAAGCCACAUUGACACCGUCCCGCCCUUCAUCCCAUACUCUGCCACCGAAAAUGACGAUGGAGACAUCGUCAUCUCCGGCCGCGGUUGUGACGACGCAAAGGGCAGCGUCGCAGCACAAGUGUUUGCCGCGCUCGAAACGCUCAAGGAAAACCCCUCCGCCCCGCUAGGCCUCCUCUUCGUCGUCGACGAAGAAGUCGGCGGCGCAGGCAUGCGCGCCUUCUCCUCAAACAAAACCUUCAACCCACCGCCGCACAGUCCCUCCGAUCUCGUCGGCGCCGGGUACAAGACGGUUAUAUUCGGCGAACCGACCAACCUCGACCUCGUCUCGGGACACAAGGGCAUGCUGAGCUUCCACAUCCACGCGAAGGGCAAGUCGUCGCACUCUGGGUAUCCCUGGCUUGGGGAGAGUGCGCUUAGCGCUAUCCUCCCCGCGCUCUCGGUCGUCGAUAAACUAGGCGAUACACCUGUUGAAGAAGGCGGGUUGCCUGCAAGCGACAAGUACGGCCGGACAACAGUGAACAUCGGCCGAGUUGAGGCCGGUGUAGCGGCGAAUGUUGUUCCCGCGACGGCGUCCGCGAAUGUAGCUGUCCGCCUUGCAGCGGGCUUACCUGAGGACGCAGUGGAGAUUGUGUUGAAGGCCGUGGCGAAUGCAACGAACGACAACCCCCAUGUCUCUGUGGAGUUUGCGCAAGGGCCCGGUGGUGGUGUUGGUGGGUAUGCGCCGCAGGAUCUAGAUUCCGAUGUUCCUGGGUUCGGUGUUACGACUGUGAAUUACGGCACUGAUGUGCCGAACUUGAAGGUCUACAAGGGGAGUGAUGUAAAGCGGUAUCUUUAUGGGCCGGGGAGUAUUUUCGUUGCUCAUGGAGAUCAUGAGUCAAUUACGGUUGCGCAGUUGGAGAAAGCCGUGAAUGGGUAUCGGAGAUUGAUUGAUGCUGCGUUGGAUCGUCUUUGA